AUGGGGCCCCGCUGGAGGCGAUUCUUUGCGAUUUGCUGCUGCUGCUGCUGCAGCAGCAGCAGCACCGCUGCUGCUGCUGCGCGCGCAGGCGAAAGCAGCGAACUCCUCUACCAGCUCUUCAGCAACUUGCAUGCAGCAACAGACCCGCUGGAGUUCUCUGUGAGCUUCUACAGAGUGCCCCACCACCUAGCCACUUGGGGGCGUUCAAUAGCAGAACAAAUCAGACAAAGGUUUGUUGAAAAGGAUACAGCGCAUUUGAAAGUGUUUAAAGUGGCUGGGGGCCCCAACGCCGGCUUCGUGGAAGAGCAGCUGCUGCUGAAGUGGCUUGCUGCAGCAGAAGAGGAAGGGGCCCUGGAGGUGACAGCAGCAACGCCAGCGUCUGCUGCUGCUGCAGUGCAGCAGCUGCUGCGGCUAGGAUUUAGCCCUGAGGGUUUGGAGGCCACCGCAGACGUAGCAGCAAACCAGCAGCAGCAGCAGCAGCAGCAGCAGGGGCCCCUGGCCCCCAGGUGGGCCCUCCAGGCCGAUGGGGGGCCCCACACAGAAGAGGGGGGCCCCCUGGGUACCGCGGGGGCCCCCUCUGGGGGCCCCACAGUGCCUAGGGGGGCCUCCCAAUAUGGGGAAAUGGGGCCCCCAGAGGCUGAGGGGCCCCUCUCAGAUAGUGAGGGGCCCCGCUCAGAGGAGUGGGCCCUCUCAAGUAUCUCGGGGGGCCCCCACAGUGGGCUGUGGGGCCCCACACAUGGCUUGGGGGGCCCCCACAGUGGCCUGUGGGGCCCCACAGAUGAUUUUGGGGGCCCCCACACUGGGCUGUGGGGCCUUACAUAUGAUUUUGGGGGCCCCCACAGUGGCCUGUGGGGCCCCACAGAUGGCUUUGGGGGCCCCCACGAUGGCGCGGGGGGCCCCCCAGCUGAGGGGGCCCCCACAGUUAAUUGGCGGUUGACUUUGCCUUACGACAAUGGCCCCAGUAGCUUUACUCUAGAGCGUUUGGCAGAAAUACGAGAUGUGUUGCUGCCCCAAGCUAUUUCUCUCGCUGCUGCUGCAGGCAAACAUCGGAGGGCCCCCCCUGUAGAAGUGGUUUCCAUCGAGGUCCCGGGGGGCCCCCAAGACUGUUCCGCCGAUAGAUUUUUGAAUUCAAUUGCUGCUGCGCUGCAGCAGCAGCAGCAGCUGCAGCAGCAGCAACAGCAGCUGCCGCAGCAGCGGGAAAAGCAGCAGCAGCAACACCAGCACCAGCACCAUCACCAACACCAGCAGCACCUGCACCAUCACCACCAACACCACCAGGAGCACCAGUAUCCGCAGCUGCAGCAGCAGCUGCAGCAGCAGAUUACGGAAAGGCUUGAAGAGGAAAUGAAAAGAAAAGAAGAAGAAAUGAUGCAAAGAGAAGCAGCAGAAACAAUUAAAGACGUUCGGGCUUUUGCUGCUGCUCUCAAACAUGGAAUUCCCCACGGGCACACCUUGCUGGGCAAGUUCAAAUAUAAUUAA